AUGAAUAAACGGGGCUCGGUGGCCUUGGGACCCAAGCCGACGAAGGCAUGUGUGAAUUGCCGUAGGCUGAAGGCCUCUGCAUUACAUGACCUGUUUGAGGAAUCUCAACAAAGUUUCAAUGCAUCCCACUCAGCAGAUCAGCAGUCAAUUCUUGAUCGCUUAGACAGAAUCGAAGCUGCUUUAGGAAUAAAUCAGGAAAUAGAAGAUUUGCUACCGAAUCAGGUUCCCGAUGAUGAAGAAGAAUCCGAUAGUGCGAUAGUACAAGGAGUUUGGAAAGCCGUUGCUCAUUUAAGAUCCAUCACACGCCCUCCUCCAGAUGAAAAAAUAUGGACCCGAACCGUUGUCAAGCGAUUAUGGAGCCGAUUCUUGAACAAUCUGCCUCUUCUUCACUUUUUAAAAAGUCAAGAUUCAUUCAAAUCACCCACCCCACUAUUGCUUGCGUCUGUUCUUUACAUCUCCUCUCUCCACCAUCAAUCCUUUGACCAGCCUUCAAUGGAAGCAGGUUAUUUCGCCGCCACGUGUAGUGCUAUUGUUGAGCUAGUUACCCCAGCUUUGAAAAGUGGACCCACCGUGGGAGAUAUCACGGUAAUCGAUACAGGAGCGGAUGUUUCUAAAGAGCAAAAAAGUUAUGAAACAUUCCACAACAUACUCGGUCUGAUCAUGGCUAGUCUGAGCUCCGAAGCUUAUAUAGAUACCACGGGGUCGUGGAUCGCUAUUGCGUACCGUCUCUGGCUGGAUCAUUGCCCAUCUGACUUGGAAUCUUCAACUUUAGACUGGCGUGGAUUAUUUUCGGGGCUUCAAAUUAUUGACAUCGAACAUGCUUCUAUGCAUAUGUCAUACCCUAUAAUCCCACGUCAGGGUCUUCGGCAAGUUGAAACUCAUCAAGGCCAUGCAUUUCAGGGAUUAGCAGAUAUGAUGCAUUAUGGUCUAAGUCACUUUGUGGGUCGAGGUUUACCGACGAUCUGGUCCUCCAUCAAUGAGCAGCCCUCUCAUAGUGCCUCGGCUGCUCCAAGUUCAUUCACAGAUCAUGAUUCCGAGGUGAUAAGACUAUGGGCAUGCAAAUUGGAUGACUGGUUGGUACAAUAUAAUGGAUCGUCUCAGCCAACGCCUUCAGAUCGACAAGGGAUCUUGAUACUUCUGCAUUAUCAUCUGCAUAAGCUUUAUGUGCUGUCUAUUUAUCACCCAGCCAGGGGCUUUGAUCUCAGUGCAGCAAACAUUAAUCCCAUCGAAAGACAUGAGCUACUUGUAUCAGCACGGGCAGUGCUGAGGUUGAGACAAGAUGAUGCGAGUAUCUGGUCCAACUGGGAUCUGAUAAUGAUUACAUGGGCGGCAAUCCUCCUAUUGCGAGGUGUUGAAGACGGUAUUACCCACCAAGAUGACCUACAUCUCAUUCAAACACACCUUCACAGCCUAGAGCGAAGCUACCAGUCCACAGCAAGCAUACACUCUGUGCUUUCUCAGCGCCUUGAAUCAAGCAUGCAAGCCAUGCACACACCGCCAAACACUAGCUCUGCCUUAGCAUUUCCUGGACCAAUGGUCGACGACACAUGGACAAUCUUUGACCAGGAAAUUAUGACUUUGGCAAACCCACCGUGGCUAUUCCAAGAUCCAAAUGACUUCACGCAAAGCCAAAAGCCCCAAGCGACGGGACAACAUGUUCGGGCUGAGCUGCCAUCAGUCACAUAUAACUCUGAAGUCUUGACCAAUGGCGCUCCACCUUUUGGCGUAAAUACGCAAUGGAGCAGUGUGCCUCAACUGCAAGGCAGCCUGCCAUCAAGCUUGAGUCGCAUAUUCGGGAAUGAAAAUGCUCCUCGAGAUAAUGGAUUAAUAUGA